CGUGCGGGACGGGGAGUCCCGCAACUGUGCUUUUUGUCCCGCGCGUUGUCGACCAGUAUCGUCGACUCCGGUUCCCAAAAUGACUCCACUCUGCCAUAGGGAGCCAUCUAGGGUUAAAAGGCAGGGCGAACCGUUAAGAGUUAGCCGAAGUUUACAUUUGACUCCUUUGUCCUAGCCGCACGUGGAGAUGUAGGUUGGAGGACCAAACAAACAAAAUAAAAAAUGUGGGAGCCGAGUCCGGACAGAUCAGGUUCCCGGGGCCGUCACUGUCACUUUGUGUGCCUUUAUGAGGCUCCAAACGGGUGCCUCAGGAGUUGGAGAUGUCUAGGUUGUUUCUCAGUUAUUAAUUAACACCAACUCAGAGCUAGUUUCACUUCCCAUAGGAGUCAGAGGAAAAGCUAUUGAAGACAUCGGACGCACCUCAACCUGUUUCUUACUUUGAACUUGCAAUAGCUUCAGCAGCUUUUCAAGUUACUUAAGAGGCAGCCCAACUUCUGACUCGGGUGUCACUCAGGAUUCUUUUUGCACGACAGGUCUCAGCAGAGUUAGAAGAAAUGGCCCUGGUACCGUAUGAGGAGAGCACUGUAAUAGGGCUCCAGAAACUCCAUAAGCCUCUUGCCACCUUCUCGUUUGCAAACCGCACCAUCCAGAUCCGUCAGGACUGGGGGCGACUGGGAGUGGCUGCAGUGGUUUGGGAUGCGGCCAUUGUUCUUUCCACGUAUCUGGAGAUGGGUGCCGUGGAGCUCAGGGGCUGCUCUGCCGUGGAGCUGGGAGCUGGCACAGGGCUGGUGGGCAUCGUGGCCGCGCUGCUGGGUAAGUGCAAUAGUCUGACUCCCUGUCUACGAGGGUUGUAUGAUAUUCACCUUACUUUCUGUUUGUCCCACAUUGUAGGUGCUCAUGUGACUAUCACGGACCGAAAAGUAGCGUUAGAAUUUCUUAAGUCAAACGUUGAGGCCAACUUACCUCCCCAUAUCCAACCUAAGGUGGUUGUUAAGGAGCUGACUUGGGGACAAAAUUUGGACAGUUUUUCACCUGGAGAAUUUGAUCUCAUACUUGGAGCUGAUAUCAUAUACUUAGAAGAUACCUUCACAGACCUUCUUCAAACACUGGUACAUCUCUGUAGCAACAACUCUAUGAUUCUUCUAGCUUGCCGAAUCCGCUAUGAACGGGAUAAUCACUUCUUAACAAUGCUGGAGAGGCAGUUCACUGUGAGUAAGGUUUACUACGAUCCUGAGAAGGAUGUACACAUUUACAAAGCACAGAAGAGAAAGCAGAGGGAGGACUUGUAGUGGGCAGUAUUUUCUAAGAAUCAAACGCAUCAGUUAAGGUCUUACAGCUAGAAUUCUUAGCGGUGUUAAUGAUGUGACAGACUGCAAGUCAUUCCUCUCAGAGCUGCUCAAGGAACAAAGCACGUGUGUACUUUGUAGACAAUGCCUUGCCUCAUUGCCGGAACUGUCAGUCAGAUUGACUGUAAAUGGACAUGUUCUUUGCUUUACCCUGUGUGCUCACUUGGUAAGCAAUUUCCACUGAUAAAGAAUGAUAUGAAGGUGUCCCUAAACUGGUGAGUCAGUCAUAUAUUCUGGGAUGUAUUUUGUCUCAGUUUCCUUGUCUGUUGAGUGUAAACCAUUUAUUACAUGUAUUCCCUGAAAUGUUUGUACUGUUGGAGUCUCUUGUGUGUGUGUGUGUGUGUGU